AUGGCCCCCACCCUCGCGAUUGCCCUCCUAUCGCUAUUCUCUUUUGUGAUAGUGCGAUCCUUGCAAAAGAAGAGAGAUACUAAGGGGCUUCCCUUACCCCCUGGUCCUCCACCUCUCCCUUUCGUUGGAAAUGUGGUCGGAAUCGACACAGAUCAUCCUUGGUUGGCGUACUCAAGAUGGGGAGCCGAAUAUGGAGAGAUCGUAUACUCUCGACUCUUCAGUCAGGAUAUCGUGAUCAUCAACUCCGAAAGAGUUGCUCAUGACUUGCUCGACCGUCGUUCACAUAACUAUUCCACGAGACCCAUAGGGCUUAUGCACGUUCUUGACUUUUUCGGCACCGAGUUUGCCUCUAUCUUUCUACCAUACUCGGACAGGUGGAGACUUCACAGGCGAAUCUUCCAUCAAGCAUUCCGCUUAGAAGCAGCACCAGCCUUUCGUCCGAUUCAGAUGCGCAACGCUCGCAGUUUGGUGUCAAACUUAUUAGUAUCUCCGGAGGCUUAUGGUGCCCAUCUCCACACAUUUAGCACGUCCAUCAUCAUGUCAAUCGUGUAUGACUAUUCGACAGCGCCCCGUGAUGAUCCUUUUAUAGCGCUUAUCGAGCGUUCACUUGCGAUAUCUGUAAGAGAACUCAGGCCUGAGGUCGCAGCUGUCGUAUCAGAAUUCCCGAUAUUGGAGAAACUUCCUCCCUGGCUCCCUGGAGCGAGUUUCGUAAGGGGUGCAAUACUCCAGAGAACCCUCGUUCCCAUAAUUGUGGACACGCCCUUUGAACACGUGAAGAAGAAUUUGGCAAGUGCCAAGUGCCUCUGCGCUGCUGGAACGGCUGCACCAUCCAUGGUGUCGGAUGCAUUGCGUCGUAUACCAGAGAAAACAAGUGAUGCAAAGGAGGCCGCUGUUCUUGAGAAAGCGAUCAAGGAAGCCAGUGCCUCUGGUUAUGCUGCUGCAUCGGAAACAACGACUUCCACUUUAUAUGUCUUUUUGCUUGCGAUGGUUCUUUACCCUGAGGUGCAAGCACGCGCUCAAGCAGAGAUUGAUUCCGUCAUUGGGGAAACCCUCGAAAGAUUUCCUGACUGGGACGAUCGCGCUUCUAUGCCCUACGUCAAUGCCGUCAUACAGGAGACGCUGAGGUGGUUCCCCGUCGUACCUCUGGGCAUUCCCCAUGCCACGGUAAAUGAGGACGUCUACGAAGGCCAUUAUAUUCCAAAAGGUGCUACCGUAAUGGCCAACACAUGGUCUAUGGCGCGCAACCCAGAGAAAUAUCCAAACCCGACGAAGUUCAUGCCCGAGCGCCACAUGUCAAAGGUCUCCGUCGAAGCGCCAUCAACACAUGGUCCUGAUGACAUUUCUUUCGCUUUUGGAUUCGGAAGACGCGUUUGUGUUGGACGUCAUGUUGCGGAUGCUUCUUUGUUCGCUGCUGUCGUGAAUAUUCUUGCUUUUUUCAGGGUGGAACGGGCGUUGGGAUGGAACGUCGGGCCUGAUGCUGAAGGGGUGAAGUGGACGGGAGGCGUGACGACACAUCCUGUGUUCCCUUGUAUUUUUACCCCUCGUCACACGGAGGAAAGGGUGUCGCAGUUGAUGAAAGCGCAAUGCUGA